CAUUUAAAUAUAUUCAUUUUAAAUCUUCCUUAGUAUACAACGAGUUAAUUUUAUUUUUAAUGGAAUAUUAUUCGUUGAUUUUAAUGUCUAUGGUCGUUUUUGUAUUGAAACCAAGUGAAGCAGAUAAACGUUUAAGAUAUCGUUUGAAUUAUAAAAAUUAUAUCAAAACAAUAGAGGAUCAUAUUCGAAAACAUAUUGGAUCAAAUGAAAUGCAAAAUCUGAAAAUGAAACGAGAUUCAAAUUAUAAUGUUGAUAUAGAGGAAGCUUUCAAACAAGACGAGUUUAUGCAAAAUUUUAAAAGUAAAUAUUCUAUUACAAUUAGUUUACUCAAUUUCAAGUACACUGAAAUACUAAAAAAAUUUCUCGAUUACAUGCAUAUUAUUAUUGAUAAAUGUCAGCAAUUUCGUUCUAGAAAUUUGUCGGAAAACCUUAUUUGUUGUGUAACAUCACUCGUAGAAGAAGUGAAAAAUUCAAAGAUUAUGUUUGAAAAUCUUUACAAUGCUAUGAAGUUUUUAAGCUUUAUAGAUGUAAGAUUUGUGUUUGAAGGAUCCAUUGUGACGAAUGUUAUAAUUGAUGAAAUUGACUUUUUUCAAAAAUAUGUCUUACAACAAAUAACAGAGAUCAGCUCUUUUGACCUCAAUAGCAUACCAAAUCUUAAUGAUUGUGAAACGAAUUUUAAGAAUUUAAAUGAAUUUUAUACAGAAGCAUUAGAAAAAGUAAACAAUCUAUUUCAAAAUAAUAAUAUCAUCGACACUUCUAUAAAAACUGACUUAACAUUUCAACUUAAGGAAUGCUCUAACGGAAACGACUCAUACUUAGUGUAUUUAACAUGUAGUAAACUUAAUUCAUUUUACAACGAAACCAUAGAAAUUUGGUACAAAAAUCUUGGCUUUGAAGAAUUUAUCAACCCUAAUACACUUGAACUCACACCGCCAAUAGAUUCAUCAAUUAAUCACUAUGAAGGUAUUAAAGUUCUAAAUAUUCUACGUCAGGAAAAUGGCUGGAAAACAAUGGAGCACAUAAAUAUAAUGUAUAAUGGUAAACAAUAUACCGUAGAUUGUGUAAUGAAAGACCCAAUUGAUCACAUGAAUUUUCAAAUAAAAAAAGAGCAUGUAACACAAUUAUUACGUUGUAGGUAUACAGAAAUAAUGAAAAACUACCAUGUAUUAUUAUCUGCUAUUUUGUUUGUAUGCAAUACUGAUGCAAAGAUAUUCAAACACAAGUGUCUGAUUGAAUUAUUUAACUCAUUCAAUAAAUCCAAAAAAAUGUUUGAAGGAUUGAAUACAGCUUUAAUUACUUUAAAGAAAUCAUCAAUAUGGAGUUUUAAUUUAAACUCUCAUUCAAAUUUACAUAAAAUAUUUAAAUGGAUUACAGAAUUUCUUAAUUUAUUAGAGAACAAUGAAUUUUCUCGUGAUAAUUUUGUUGACCAACAGGGUAUGAAUAUCAAGAAGAUUGAAAUACUACUGAAAAUAUUUCUACAUUUUCGUAAUAACUUUUAUAUUGAAAUAAUUACUGAUAUGGUAAAAAUAAACAGACGUUGUAUUAUGAAAGAAUCUUUGUAUGAUAAAUAUACAAUUGUUAGAAAUUUCAGAAAAUCAGUAUACAGAACGAAUAAAACAAAUUCUUUACUGUUAACCCAAAUUUACAUUGAUGCGUGUAGUUAUUUUGACAAUUUUUGUGAAAAUGUUUAUAAAUUUUGUUAUGAAGAUCUGGGUUUCAAAAAAGUUGAUUGUCUCAACAACAAUUAAGAGGACAGAAUUAUUAAACUUUUUAUAAAUUAGAUUGAUUAGUUAUCUACUUAGCCUUUCUGAAAAAGUAAGAACUAGAUAUCAAAAAGUUGAUUUAAAAAAGUAAAUUUCAUAAAAUUACUAUUUACUCAUUGUUAAAUAUUAUUUACCAGAUUUCUAACAUAAUAUUUGAAAAUAAUUUAUGAUAAUUUUUUUGUAAAUUUUGUCUUCAUCAGCAUACU